AUGGCCAGCAUAACACUUUGUCACGUAAGGUUUUCGUCGCAAAAAUUGGCGGGAAAUGUUGUUUAUAGUGACGCUGAUGAUGCUGAUGAUGAUGAUGAUGCCGCUGAUGUCGAUGACGUCAUUCUGGAGGAGGAUGACGACGACGAGGACUACUUCCGUGAUGAUGAUGAUGUAGAUGAAGGGGUUACUGAAACGGAUAGUGGUAACUAUUCUUGUGAGGUCAGGGGUAAGAAGUCCAUGGUUCUCGGCCGUGUUACGCACAACCUCAUCGUCCUCUACAAACCCACAAUGUUGAAAUGCGUGAGCCACGGCGCAUACCCUGCCCCAGCCAUGUCAAUCGUUCAUGGUGGAAAGAACGUAUCAGAGAUGUUCAGGAGGAAUACCACCCUUGAAUACUCCGGCCCAAAAGAUAUGCGUCUCUUGACAUACAAAUCGACAAUUUGGAGGUCAAACUUUGUGGCUAACUCACAUGACGAUGGCACCCUAAUUCAGUGUGUGGCCAGCCACAAAACGCUGGAAGCUACUACCACUAACGUUACGCUUGUUGUGUACUACCAACCGGAAAUAGAUUGCGACGGGCCGACGUACGCCAGAAUGGGCGAGAAGAAUGCCACCAUGGUCUGCCAUGUCAGGGCCAGGCCCGAAAUUUACACCAUCCAUUGCAAUAAUAAUAAAUAUGAUGGUAUCUAUGCCUCGGGCAAAAAUAGCCAUAGCAAAUACAAUGCAACUAGUUACAUCAUAGAUGGCGGUGAUAAUAAUCGUUAUAGCAAUGCUAGCAGUAGGGCUGCUGAUAGAGUAUCAGAGGAUGGCGGCCACAGAGACAACAACAUCAACAUCAACAACAACAUCAACAACAACAUCAACAUCAGCAUCAACAAAAACAUCGACAACAACAUCAACAAAAACAACAACGACAACUACAACAACGACAACAUCAACAACAACAUCAGAACAUGCAGAACUACGUGUUCGCCAUGA